AGUAGUAGUAGGGCUGUCAGUGUAGGCCAUCGUAGGUGUAUCGGAAAAUGUAGAGUUUAUUAUGACUGCUAAAGUCAUAUUAUGUGAUAUUUUGUUAAUUAGGUUUACGUUGGAUUUAGUGUAUAUUCUUGUGCGGAAAACGGGCAAUAUAAUGAGUCGCUAAGAGUGAAAAUGUGCAGUGAUUCAGUGAGCUAAAAUUGUGAUUGUAGGCUAACUUGCCUGCCUCUUAUAGUAGAAAAAUUGGUAUUUUGUUUACACAUUUUUAGUAAAAAUCUUUCAAAAUGUGGAACAUGGUGUGUGAUGUGAUGCCUACCAUAUCAGAGGAUAGUAUAAGUCAGAGAAGUUCGCAAUUUUCGGGGGAAGAUGCAAACUUUGAACAGCUUAUGGUAUCUAUGUUGGACGAGAGGGAUAAACUUAUGGAAAGUUUACGAGAGACACAAGAAAGACUUGGAGAUACAGAAGCCAAACUCGUCGAAGUCGAGAAAGAAAGAGAUUCCUUGCAGAGGCAGAUUUCAGCCAACCUACCCCAGGUACGUGCAGUGAAAUUAUUCAAAAUCACGAAAUUAUGAGUAGAAACUACUAUAACAUAUAUCCUGUGGUUGACUAUCAACACGACGGACAUACACAUUCGUUUUGGCGUUUGAAGGUGCCAAUAUAGUCUGUUCGCAGUCAUUGAUGGAAUCAAAUUUCGCUUAACUUAAAGUCUAAUUACUAUAAUAUAAGUCCAA